GGAAAACCAUCAAAGAUGGCGGAUGAUAAUAAGGCUCCGGACGAAAGGUUCGAUUUACUGGGGCAAACGAUUGAACAGUUUGUGGAAACAACACGACAAAUAGGGAUUAUUGUGAGUGACUUUCAACCAGGAAGCCAGGGAGUUCUUAAUCAAAAAAUGUAAGUGAUCAGUCCAAUCCUUCGACAUGACACUGUUCGACUUCGGUUUAAAGUGCCAUUAAAAUGGCUUCAGUGGUUGACAUCUUCUUAAUAUCUUUAACAUCUACCGGCCUCAUAAACGAGGAAAUUAGCCUCCAUACCUUUCGACUUCUUACCACGUUAGUAUAGGGACUUUUCGCAAUAGUUUCAGCUUUACACCGCUGCGUUAAAAGGAUAAGUCUUUAUUUCGGCUGAUCUUCGAUCGCGAGCCAGUCAACUGCCUUAUAAAUGACAGGCAUAUAAUGUACUUUUUUGUGGUAAGGAUAUUUCUUAUUACGAGUUAGUACUAUCUUUAUGAAAUAACCCAACAAGUUUGGGAAUAACUGAAAUGGAACAGUUCAUCCUGGUCGAUUUUUUUUCGGAAUCAUUAAAGGUAAUAACUUCCUUCCGAGGUAUUUGGCGCUUUCUAUUCAACCAAGUCUUCCGGUUUGAAUUUCCGGCAACUUCCAGAAGCGAGUGGAACAGGGUUUUCUCGAUUUUUAGAAGGCCUUUGGUACGGUAAAAAAAACCCUAGAAUAUUUUGGUUUUGGCCGUAGCCUGUUAAAUUGUGUCAAGUGCUUUUACAGCAACGCAGAAAGCUGUGUUCUAAACAAUGGCUGGAGGAAUAGCUUUUUCAAUAUUGAAUAGGGACCGAGACAAGGAUGUCCUCUUUUUAUCCUUUCAGUAGAAAUUCUAGUCAAGGUAAUCACAGGCGUCCCAUGAGCUCAUGUUAUGAGUGUGUUAUGUAAAUUAACUUUCUCACAAGAGAGUCGAUGUUGCGUUAUAACCGACUGCUGAGACUUAGCAAUAAAAAUACUGAGGUCUGCGAACACUAAAUAUCAUUAUUCUUACUUAUUUUUCUAUAAAAUAAGGAAAGGAGACUUACCUUUGAUGUAUUCCUGUGUUUUUUGGCCGGGUGUGGAUUCAUCAAUUUAGUCAGGUUUUUUGGCUGUUAUUGUUUGACCCCUGUCACUGUUUUCAUAAUAAAAAAUGCAGAGAGUGACAGGGUCAAACAAUAACAGCCAAAAAAACCGACUAAAUCCAUGAAUCCACACCAAAAAUCACCGGAAUACAUCAAAGGUAAGUUUGGUCAGAACUAUCUGACUUAAGGUGACUCGACCCAGUUUUUUUUUGGGGGGGCACCAUCCUACUUUGAAGCUCUCUGGUAUCCCCACCUUUACUUUUAUCGUAAGUCUAACACAUAGAAUGGAUAACAUAUAGAUCAAUCUACAAUAUAACAUAAAAAGUCAGCCAAGCGCGGUCAUUGCACGCGUGCUGAACAAGAAUGCUGUAUAAUGACAGACUAGAAACAAUAGACAACUCCCAAAGCACAAACUCAGCCAAACCGCUAAAAAUCUUCAAUGUUUACUCAAGUUUGGGCUUAUAGAAGAUCAUGUUACAGUUUUUCAAUGACCAUGAAAUUCAGAGUCCGGGUAGUUAGUUAAUCAAUUGUGACCCUGAAAAAAUUUGAAGGAAAAAAAACUACGAAUUUUUAAGAAAAUGCUUUUUUCAUGAGAUUGACUCUUAAACGCUGACAAACGUCAACAAAUAGCGAAAACUAUAAUCUCUAUAUGUUUGCUUUGCUCGAAAUUGCGCGCAUUUACAAGACCCUAAAUUGUUUUGCUGACUUGCAAGGACCCAUCUGUUAUAACGAUGCCCAAAAUAAAGAGAUGAAUCUCAUCGUUUAUUAGAUAUAAUCCGUGUAAAGUUUGCUUAUCAUUUUUGCAUAAAUUAUGACCUAAAUUUGGAAACCGCUGAAUUUCUUGAAUUGGGUCUUUGCGAUUUUGGUGAAACUCUGUUCAGCGCAAGGCACUAAUGCGCACUAUGUGUAGCCGAGAGAUUUUCACGGAAAAAUGCCAGCAACAGUAGAUUUUCGACUCAGACCUCAAAGGGGCGUGGCAUUAUAACCACGUGACAUUUACUCCGAUCGCCAAAAAUUUUAUGUUAUAUUGUAGAUUGGUCUAUAUGUUAUCCAUUCCAUGUGUUAGACUUACGAUAAAAGUAAAGGUGGGAAUACCAGAGAGCUUCAAAGUAGGAUGGUGCCCCCCCCAAAAAACUGGGUCGAGUCACCUUAAGCAACUGGAAAUAUCACUAAUUGGGAAAAACACAGUUUAAGAAAGCUUAAUAGCCUCUCAAGCUGUUUAUGUUUCUAUGCGUCCAUGUGUAAACCAAGCAGUGAUUAAAAAUAUACAUGAGCUCUUCUAUUUGUUUCUUUGGAGUGGAAAAAAUGACAAAAUAAUACGUGACAUAAUGAUGAUAAAUAACUAUACAGAUGGUGGCUUCAAAAUGGUUGAUAUUAAAUCUUUUAACAAACCCAAAAGGUGACAUGUAUUGAAAAAAUUAUUUAUCUUUUGGAAGUUUUCCGUACCAUUCGUGGCAGAUUCCAAAAGUUCUUAAGCUUUUGUUGAACAGAAAGCACCCAUAAUUUGCUUUUUUCUCACGUUUACUGAAUUCCUGGAGAUUUCCGUACCAUUAACCAGUGCCAAGCUAUUUUUGAGGGAAUAAGUUCAGAAAAAAUUCUGAGCUCCAAACAAGAGUCAAACUCAUAAACCUCUAAUAUUUCUCGAUCCAAUACUCUUACCAUGGCCCUACUGGAACUCUAUGACAACCAUGGUCAAAUCCACUGAUGUUGCUUUUCUGGUACAUUUCGUUUUUUUUUUGUUCUAAAACAUGGUACAGCAACCAUUCUAAAAUGGAAUAAUUCCAUUUAGAAUGGUUGCUGUAUGUCUCAAAGAAUUACUCUUUAAGACAUAUUUUCCCAAUCAUUUACAAAAUCUCAGCGAAUUCUCACUUUAUGCCAUAAUCAUUGUGCUAGGCAAAACAGCCAUUCCUUGGAUGGUUCCCUGUACUGACCCACAUUGGCAAAUUUAUUAUGAAUACACCUUAUUAUGGGAGGAAAUUAAUGAUUCAUAAAAUUAAUGCAAUUUAAGUCUUAUUGAUUUUUGUAAAGAUUACUUCCGUGCCAUUAAUUAAGUGUAGUGUUAUUAAAUUUCUGCAACCUUAAUUUCCAUUUUUUUGGCCCCAAAUUCUUGAUACACUUUUGAAAUACUUGAUGCUCGAAAGAGGAGUAUUUCAUCAGGGUGGAGAUCUACCAGUAUCAGGGAAACUGUGAAUAACCCUCAAAGUGGCCAGAUUUCUUCACUUGAAUGCUUUGUAGUGUAUGGAAAGUACCAUGUACAAAGUUUCUAUCUCAAAUUAUACGGUUAACUUUUUCUCUGUUAUGUCGAUAAGUUUUGUUUUUAGGGGAAUGUUGGAUUAAUUUCCUUCGUGUUGAAAUGUUACCCUUUCUUUGGUGUCAGUUUCCUUUAUUCAAAAUUUGUUUUCCAGUAAAUUCACAUUAAUUUCCAAUAUCUUAAUUUUAUGUAACAUUAAUUUCCUAUAAUAAGGUAUAGAUGAUAUCCUGUGUCCUCGGAUUGUCCAUAUUGGGUUAUACCACCAUGAUAAUUAUGAUAAUAUUGUGGUUAGGUCACACACAAUAAUUUAACUAUUGUUUUUUCUUUAGAAAUGCAAUGAUUGACAACAUGAGGGAAAUUGAAAAGUGCAAAGCUCAUGUUCAAGAUGUUGAAGUCCCAUUAGAAGUGUUCGAGUAAGUACUGUUACUUCCCCCCAAUCCAAAUAUGUUUUGAACUCAAAAGGAGACAGUUUUACGAGCCAUGUUCAUCCCUAGAGUGCAUUUCUCAAAACUCCUGAAGAGGUUUUAGGCCUGGAAAGUGAUUUUUAUCAUCUAUGUCGUAUCAGUCCAGGGAUGUUUUUUGCAAUGUACACAAACAUAUCCCUUGAUCUUGUAAAGUUUUCAAAUUUUUCCCUUUCAGGACCAAAAUUUUUGUAGUGUUUUUAAGAAAUGCAUACAUACGUAAUUUCACACCACCUUUUGAUGUGUGAAAGUAUGAAAUUAUAGCCUGAAAAGGAUUAUAGGACACAAUACUCAUUUUGUCAGCCUGUUUUACAAGUCUGAAACUAUUUACAACUCUUUAAAAAAGGAACUUUGGGAUCUGGUGGUCCAGAUUCAAGACAUGUCACCAUGUGAAGCUAUGAAAGGUUUCAACCCAUGAGUCAUUUCAUAUGUAUGUUGAGUAUUAUCAUCUGGGUGAGUGUAGUCUUGAAUAGGAGUGUUGUUGACAGUGACUGACAUUUCCACAACCUGUGCGGUAGUCAUCUUCAGCUAGAGUCAAAGUGACUUGUCGCCAUGUUGUUUUAAUCUUAGUCAAGGAACUUUUGCUGUCAAAAAUGCAAUAACUAACUCAUGUUUCCUAAGAGGCAUCACUCUUUAAUUUUCAUUCUCUGAAAAUAUACAUCACUAUUAUUAUUAUUAUUUUUAAUUGUUACCUCACUCUGCCAGGUUGCUUGUUUCGUUAUUGUCUUAACACUGUUCUACUGUGUAUUUGAAUGUGUGCAGGUACAUUGAUCAAGGAAGGAACCCUCAGUUGUAUACAAAAGACUGCAUAGAAAAAGCACUUGAAAAGAAUCAGCAAGUAAAUGGAAAGAUAGAUGCAUAUAAGGUGGGUGUACAUAGUUUCACAUCAAUGUAGCAUGUGGAAACAGCCAACAUUUCGUGAUGCCACCACAGGUUGCCCAGUGAAAUGAUAUCUGAGCAGGGGCAGAUCUAGGGGGAGGGUGCAGGGGGUGGGUACCCUCACCAGCAAUACAACCAGUAUUCUACAAAAAAAAAAUUUGUAGGGUAUUGGUGUUGAAGUAAAACAUGAGACAAGGUUGAAGAAUUAAAGGCUGUAAAAAUGUCAGUUUGGCACUAUAGUCUGCUGUAUUGAUAUGUAUUGUCAGAAGUUCACAAUAUGAUAUUGCCUAGACAAAAGCCUUCUUCUUCAUAUUCGUAUUCUUUGUCACGCCAUUCCUAAGUGGUGCACCCGCUCCUACGAAGAAUCAUGGAUCCUUCCCUGCUCAGGAGCAAGUGCAGAAAUUCCAAUAUGAUAUUGCCUAGACAAAAGCCUUCUUCUUCAUAUUCGUAUUCUUUGUCACGCAUUCCUAAGUGGUGCACCCACUCCAAAGAAGAAUCGUGGGUGCUCGCCUGCUGAGGAGCAAGUGCAGAAAUUCCGUACUGAUGAUGUGUCAUAACCAGAUCUGGGUAUGGUACUGUGCUUCUGACUGUUCAUACUAUGAGGAAAAUUUGCUUUAACCCAUCAGAAGCACCUCUCAGAUCUGGGUAGUGACAUGUCAUCAGCAUGGAAUAUUUAUGUGUACUCAUUCUUCAGAUGUCAUUUUGCUGGGAAACCAGUGUUGGCAUCAGAAAAUGUUGACUGUUUUCCCAGGUUAACAGUUGUGUUGUUGAAUAGCCUGCGUAGCAGGUGCUAGGAAUAAAUGGGCUCAGGUGUCUCCUUCGUGUGCCCCAUUCUUUCUUGCACCCUUCUAUUCCUAGCGCCUGCUAUGCAGGCUAGUUGUUGAACUUGAAAUAAAAUUUAAACAAGUGCAUGGGAUGAGGCUUUUAAUGACAUUGAUCUUAUGUCAAAUUCCUUCUCUAUUUUACCACCAAAUGCAGUCAAACCUCUACUAAACUCCAUCUCUCCACAACGGCCUCUUUUGUGGCCGUUGUGGAGAGGAUCGACUGUACACAGAAGUAGGAAAUGAGAUUCAGGCAAUUGAUCAGAGAGCAGUUAGGACUUUUCCAGUCACCUUUUCAUUCAAAAUAAAAAUUAAUAAUAUUUGUUACUAUCCCCUUUAAUUCUUUCAGAUUGUUGAAUUAUUUACCAGUCUAUUUGUUCUGCCUUAAAUUUCUAUAAUCAACAGUUUGGAGUUACAGCUGUAUUUGAUUUAUCACUAGGUGGUUCCAGCUUCACAGACCUAUAGCUACCACCAUAUCCAUAUUUCUUCCUUCACUUAUUUUCUUUUAGAAUUUCAAGUCACUCUUGGUGGAUGAACUUUCAAAGCAUUUUCCCAAGGAAAUCGAUGAAUACCAGAAGAUAAAAGAAAGACAGUCAAAGACGUGACUGU